UUCGAAUGAAUGUUUACAAAUGGCGGACCGUACGGAAUUGUUCCCUUCCAAUAUCUGAGUUGUAAUUUCUUAAACAAAAUAAACGAGUUUAUUAAAUACGUGACGAUUAAUUACAAAUUAAAACAUAUCUUGUAGAGAAAACAAAAUGACAUCAACUGUUGAAAUACCUGGUGUGAAUAAUGCGGUAGAGCAUCUCCUUGAACUUGCUGACAGACUGAAGCAUGACUUUGGCUUCAGUGCUGAGGAUGUGAACAACAUAGACAGAGUUGUGGAGGCGCUACGGGACCUGGAGUCGGAGCGUACCGCUGCCCGUGAGAGGUUGGAAGCAGAGACAAUCAAGGCCAGCAUCCAGAGACACCGGCUGCAGUUCCUGCCCCAGCGUAUAGCACAGGAGAUCACAGAUGCUGUAGAGUCAGCCAAGAAGUCCAAUGCUGAAGCCAUUGUUCAGCUGAAGAAGCAGCUAGAGGACAUCAACAAGAACAUUGUGUACCUUGAGGGACACCAGAAAAAACUGGAUGAGGAGAACGCCAGACUCCACCCUGAGAGGGAGCAGGUGAGACAGCUUCAUGAGGAGAUCAUCUCUCAGCUCAACCAGCGCAUGGCAGAGAAGGCCAGUAUGCAGAUCCAUUUGAAUGAGACGCGAGACAAAGUGCGGCAGACAAACCAGGAGAUAGUGGACCUGGAGGAUGGUAUACUGCAGCUGAAAGAGGACCUCAUCAAUGAGAGAGGUGAGGCCCGGGCUGAGAAGAGGCAGCUCAAGAAGGCAGUGGCUCAAACAUCAGACAAAACCAAGGAGCAGCGGCAGACCAAUAUAGAGAAGAAGAAAGAACUAGAUGGAUUACAUGGGAGACUGGUGGAAAGUGAAGGCAAACUGGACGCCUUAAGAAAGAGUCUGCGUCGCUAUGAAACCAACAAGGCCAAGUUGGAAGGUCAAGAGAGGGCUCUCACUGCACAGCUGCAGAAACAACUGAAACAGAACGAGGAGCUUAAAAGGAAAGGGCAUGCGAUCAUUCAGGAGGACAUGAAGCUUGAGAGAGAGUUCAUUGAGAACGAACUAAAACUCACCAACAAGCUGAAAAAGAUGGAGGUUGAUAUACAGCAUCAGACAACUAGAUUUGAUGAUCUCGACACAGAAAGAACAGAACUGAACUACCAGGUUGAGGACAUGUUGGCAAUAAAGGCAGAGGAUGCAGAGAGAGUUGCAGACCUGGAUGCAAAGCUGCAGGGAGAGAAGAGGAAUCUGUCCUCCAAGGCAGAGGAAGUGGGCGAACUGCAGGGACAAAACACCAAGAUGACAGAGGAGAUAGAGGCCAUUGGGGAGACACACAAGGCGGUGAUGGCCCAACUACAUAAGCAGAUAGAGGACUAUCGGGAACAGCUUUCCAGGGAGCGCAAGGAACGACUGGAGGUCCAGGAGAGGAAGAACUCAGUGUCCAAGGAACUGGAGGACUACAAGCUGGAGAACCAGCGCUUCAUGCAGGAGAUGAACACCACUAUCACACAGGGCAAACAGGAACACAUCGUCCUGUCCAAUGAGGGUGCCCAGCUGCAACGUGAGUUGAGAGAUGAUGACCAGGAGAUAGAAAAACUGGAGGCUCUACUGGAGGAGGAGCAGCAAAAGUACCAGCAGACCUUCACACAGCGUCAGACAGAGAUAGAGAACAUGGAGAAAGAUAUCAGCACGAUGGAGAUAAGCAUUGCAGAGAAGAAGCAGAAAAUAAUAGACAUAGAGCCAGGAUUUGCUGAUUUGGAGAAGGCUUUUGAAGAGAGAACUAAACUUUAUGAGAAACAGAAAAAGGACAUAGUUGAAUUGAAGGGUAAGAAGUCUCAGCUGGAGGAGCAGAUCAGAAAGGCCAAGGACAAGAAGGAGCGCAUGACCGGACCCCAGGAAAAGCUGCGUGCUGAGUUAAAGCAGAAGCGUCAUGAGGUGCUUUUUCAACUGAAACAUCAAGGGGAGGAAACCCAGGCCAUUGAGUCCGAGAUCUACUCCUCAGGCUGCAAGCUUAGAACCGUCUACGAUGAAAACAAACGAUUUGAGGAGGGAAUCAAAGCCCUCAAUGCAGAGAUAGAGGACAUCAGCUACCAAAUGGAGCAUAACGCGAAACUUAAGCUGAGUCUUCUGAUUGAAUUGGAACAUACCAAAAGUCAGCUAGAGAAGACGUGGGAUGAUGACCAGGAAACCCAGAAGCGGUUCGGUGCCCGUGACCAGGAGGUGGUUGAGGGCCUGGGGGCGCUGCUGGAGCGUACGGUGCGCCGUGAGGAGACCAUCUCCCACGUGACCUCACAACUAGAGGUGGAGCUGCAGUACUUGACAGCCUUCCUUGACAACCUGGCCAGCCGCAGACCCAAAGACUCUUACAUGAGUAACUGUCGCACUCCGACGCCAGGAAGCAUCAGUAAAAAACCCAGUAAAUCACACAAACCCCUCGUCUUCAGACUCCCGGGACGGCAGAAGACCUGGGAGUCGGGACAGUCGUCUGAGCGGUCUGAGUCGCGCAAGCUCAAGAAGCCAGGCCCUGGCGGACCUGGGGGACAAUAGCCCGUCCCGACCCCCCACCUCCAAGAGCAAUCGCAGUGGGCGCAGCGUCGUUAUUGCUGAGGAGAUCACGGAGAUAGAUCACGAGACUAGGACACUAACAAAGUCACCCACUAAACGUGUCUGAAUGACGUCCAGUAAAAUUAACAGGAAUUCCUUUCCAUAGAGUGAUAUAUAAUGUGCAUUUGAUUGUAUAAUAAAAAUAUCCGUAUCUGAUGUUAUAGCGCAUGUGAUAGCAUAAUACUGAAAUCUGAUUCGAGUACAGAAUUCCGAUUGAAAAUGACUAAAAACAGCCGAAAGUUGUACUGGCAACCGUUGUAUACCUUGACAGCCAAAAGUUAUACUGUUUUAGGUUUUUAAUAAAUUAUUUAUUUUA